CCGUGGCAUUGCUGUGCGCGUCGGAGACAAUCCGAGCUUUUGUCUCUCAACUUGACAGCCACUGGUGCGUUUCGCGUGCGUGUGCGAUCGAGUGUGCGAUCGGGAGCGGGUAAACAAAGCGCGUAUCUGUCGUGCGGCAUCAGUCAGUGGAUUUUGGAUGUACGGCACGAAUAUGCGUGAGUGCGAGGAGUUCGCGAGGUGUUUUCCACCGGGUCAGCCGGUCCAGGCCUCGCCGCCGUCGCUACAGGCUCCGGGUUUGGACGCUUUGCACCGACUCUGCAAGCAGAUCUACCCGGACCAAAGCAAUCCUCUCACAGUCACGGCGGUUCUGAAGUAUUGGUUAGGCGGACCAGACCCGCUUGACUACAUCAGCAUGUACGCCAAUCCUGGAUGUCCUAAGCUCGGAGUACCACCUCACUGGCAUUAUGUCAGCUUAGGAUUAUCUGAUUUACACGGCGAUGGUCGGUUGCAUCCCAAACCUGGUCCAGGUCGCCCGAGCGGUUUCGGAUUCGAGUUAACAUUCCGACUCGCUCGUGAAAGGGGCGAGACGACACCGCCCACGUGGCCUGCGACCGUGAUGCAGCAAUUGGCCAAAUAUGUUUUCAAUUCCGGGAACACACUGAUGCCGGGCGACCACGUCUCCUGGCACGCUCCACUGGACGGCGGUAACGGCCGGAUCACUCAGAUUUUGAUGGGGCAAGAUUCGCAGUUUCCAGCCUCGGUUUCUACGCCGCACGGAGAAGUUUCGUUCGUUCAAAUCGUCGGCGUUACUUCCGAGGAAUUACAGGCGGCUCAACAUUGGAACGGGCUGGGAGUCGUCAACUUGCUGAAAAGCGCUCGGGACUGCGGCCCGUGGUUAGUCACGGACAUGAGAAGAAUGCAUUCCGCUAUGGAGGACGAUCCCUCUAUAGCCGAGAGAAUACAGAGCGGCAUCGAGAGAGACGGAUCGAACACGAGCGGCGUAUCGGCCAAGUGUUGGUGGGUUCAAAUAACGAACGACAGAGCUACGGAGAAGUACAGAGAGAGAAGAGACGAUUCCGAUGACAACGACGACGACGACGACGACGACGACGACGAGGACGUGAAACCGAUCGUGAAGACGGAGAGAUUGUCGCCGUGCGAGAAACAGGACGUCAAUGUUUCCGAUGAGAAUAGUAUUAAAGUCCUGCCCGGAUUACACCUAACGUUCAACCUUGAAGCCGGCUCUUUAUUACCGUUAGCAAUAAAAGGCCGCGUGAUGCAUGGGAGGCAUUUCACGUUCAAAUCCAUAGUGUCGAACUCCGCCGUCACGAUAGUCGCACCGUCGGUCACGGGUACUUUCGUGUCGAAGGAAAAACCGUACGUCGUUCAGGGCCCGUGGUUGCAAGUGCUCCUCUCCGAAGAACUGGCCGAAAAGAUGGCUGAGGAAUUUCAAGUUCUAAGUUCCACGUCCAACGAGAUCGAAUUGCCAAAGACGUUUUCUUGGCCCGAACAUAACUUAGUCAUCACCAUCAUCAACGAUUAAAAUAUUGCGGUGCGGUCAUUUUUGUCAUUUUUGUGACAAAUUCAUUUUUCAUUCAUUCGCGUUUCGUUCAAACAAUUAAGUUAAAAGAGAUGGGCGUAAUUAUAUGAAGUAUUAUGUGAGACCUAUCCGUUAAAAGUCUCGAGUUUUUAAUAUUUAUACACACACAACGUCGACAUCCUUCCAUGACCUUCUAAUAUAAAGUUGAUUAACUUAUACUUUUUAUAAUCCUAUUUCAGAUUUUCCAGUGUUAAAACUCUCUUUCUUUUAAAAAAUUUAUAUUACAUACAUAUCUAUUCAUACACAUAUUUUUUUAUUCAAAUAUAUAUUUUUUCCUAGUUGUUUAUUUUUUUUUUUUUAUUUUUUUUUUAAUGUGCGUGUGUCAAGUUAUCUGCGAAACAGUAAAUUAACAACUUUGUUAUCUCGAUGCAAAAAUAAAGCACGGUAAAAUGUUGCGUAUUUUUUUGUGCAUUUUUUAU